UCGCCAGCUCCUAUUUUAUACAAAUUUUGAAAUAGUUCUAUAAUUAGAUGCUUUUUGAAUAGAAUCAUCUUUUAUGAAUAUUUUAUAUUAUCGUACUGUCGGAUCAUACUUUAUUCAGAUUUAGGUAUAAAAUUUAAUAUAUAAGUAAUCAUUAUUAAUUACGCAAUGAUUUUUAAUUGUAAUAAAUAACGACCACUCUCCAUUCUGAUGUAAAAAUAGUUUUUAUUUUCGCCCUAAUCGGUGUAAAUAAAAAAAAUGGGGACUCUAAAGAUGAAUGAACUCUCCCCUGAAGAAUAUCAUGAGAAACUGUUAGAUGCAGUCAAGGCACAGGUGAAAGCAAUCAUGGAGGAGUCUGUGACCAAAAAAUUUGUUCAUGAAGAGAGUGAACAUGUGUUGAGAUUAUGUACUACAGUCAAAAUAUGCUUAUUGGAUCGAUUAAGAAAGAAAACGGCUGGAUUUUUGCGCUCAAAUACCAUUGCAAACCUUUUUAACAAAGUAGCAAAAAGUAUACCUGAAGUUCAACAACUCGUCGUAAAAAUCGAAGAGGCGGAAUCAGCCAUUGAAAGUCAAGCAGCUCGGGAAGAAAAUAAAGGACAAGUGCAAUCCAUGCUUAAUAGACAGUUAAAACAAAUAUGGGUAAGACUUGCGCUGACAGAAAAACUUCUGGAUAGAAUUGUUGAAUAUCUUGUUGACAAUUGCAAUAAAUAUUAUGAGAAGAAUGCAAUGCUUUCUGAUCCAGUUCGAGGAAGAAUUCUAUCUUCACUUUUGUUUGGACCUUGUGCUUUAGAAUACACAAAAAUGAAGACGUCUGAUCAUUAUUGGUCUGAUCCUCCAGCGGAUGAAUUACUACAACGACACAAGUUACAUUGCCAUAAUAAAUCAACAUCGCCGUUUCGACGUCCUACUUUACAAUCAACAUCAAAAUAUGCUUCUUAUGAUACCAAUGACAAAGGAAAUAAUGGAAACAACUCCGGGAAUGCUUUUCGGGAAUAUGUUGAAUCUUUGCAUCAAAAUUCCAAAUCUACUUUGCUAUAUGGCAAAAAUAAUGUCGUUGUUCAACCGAGAGAAGAGUUGAAUCCUAUACAUGGCUACCUAUCUCUGCAUCAAAUUGUUGACGCUCUUUGCAUGAAAUGGACACCGAAUCAGUUGAUGAAUGUCGAUGAAGAAAAGAAAAGUGUGAAUUGCAACCAUGAACCAAAUUCGAAUGAAGAAGGUAAAAAUUGUGUGAAAAAUGUAGCAAAUUUAGAAAAAAAAAGUCCUGGUCACACUAAUAAAUUUCUCAGACAAGAGUAUUCCAAGGCGGCUAAAAAUCAGUUAUCGUACUGGGAAUAUGCUAUUAGCGUUGAUGUACAAGAUAUUGUGUAUCUUCAUUGCCAUCAAAGAAAUGAUGCAGGUGGGACAUUGGUGCUUGUAGGACAAGAUGGCGUUCAGAGCCCACCCAUUUGUUUUCCACCUGGGGGGCAUUUGCUGUCUUUUUUGACAUGUCUUGAAACGGGUCUACUGCCACAUGGACAUCUGGAUCCUCCUCUGUGGUCACAGCACGGGAAAGGUAAAGUAUUUCCACGGCUUCGUAAUAGAUCAUCUCAUUCAAGCUGCAGUAGUGGAAGUCAAUCAGAAGCCGAAGAAGUGACGGAUUUUGUGUUUCGGGUUACGACCGGAAAAUCAGUUCUAUAUCAUGAGCCUGUUAUUGAAGCAAGUCCAAGUCAUGAAAAUCUUGAUGCUUAUUCAGUUGGAUCAGGUUAUUCGUAUUACGGAUCUCAAGAUUCUGAGUAUAGUGGGAAAUCUGCCUCCAGUCGCUCAACAAUUCAAGUUCUUUGCGAUACAAUGAGAAGACAACUCAUUUCUAGAGCUUUUUAUGGUUGGCUUGCACAUUGUCGACAUUUAUCUACUGUUAGAACGCAUUUAUCUGGGUUGGUUUUAUCUGAUAGUUGUCAACUACUUGACGAUUCUGUGCAACCUAUCGAUAAAGAAAUUUGGGAGUCUUUUCUGGAUGAUGGUAAAAUAAAAAGCGAAUCUAUGUUGAUGAAAACUGUGUAUUUCGGGGGAAUUGAGCAUUCUAUGAGAGCUUCUAUAUGGCCGUUUCUUCUCAAUCAUUAUCCAGUUAAUAGCAAUGAAGUAGAUAGAGAAAACAUUGACAUGGAGAACAAAGUAAACUACGAGCAAGUUGUGAAAGAAUGGAAAGUCGUUGAAAAAAUAAUAAAAAGACGUGAAAAGGAAACUCUCGCAGCAAAACUGUAUACAGACAGUCGAGAGAGUUCUGUAUCAAGUCUAGACGGCCCAAUGAAACAAUACUCCUUAGCAUUGAGAAAACAGUCGACUUUUAGCGAUGUUUUCGCAUCUUUGGAACACGAGUCUUCAACACAGCCCAAUCCUUUAACUGAUGUAUCUGAAGGUGCUAAUACAAAUUUAGAACAGCGGAAUGAAAAUAUCCAAGCCAAGAGCAUAAUUCAAAAGCGACAUAUGCUGAAAAAGGGGUUUCGGCAGCCUCGCAGUGAUACUCGACGAAACAGUGACCAUACACCGUACUCAUCUAUCAGUACUGAACCUUCAACUAUGGAUCGUAGAUUGUCAAGUCUGACUAGCCUAGAUACUACAACCCAGGGAACUGAAGAAGUGUCCAGACGAGACAAUAUUCUUGAGCUCGACGAAGAUGAACAUUCAUCUAGCGAAGUACAAUCGAGUGCUAGUGAUUCGGAUACAAAGUCUUCCAACAGAAAAACACCACCCUUGAAAAAACAAAAUGGCAUUGAUUUAGAGAAUAAUAUAAAUCAAUCAGUCACUGCCAAAGAGAGUGAGGAACAAACCGAUAGCACUAUCGAAGCAUUACCAGAAGAUCAAGAAACUUCUAUAACUGAUACCGAUUACUCAAAUUACACGACUGAAUUAUUGGACAGUUUUUCUCUAAAUUUACAUAGAAUUGAAAAAGAUGUUCACAGAUGUGAUCGUAAUCACGACUAUUUCACAGAUGGUGCUAAUCUUGAAAAGUUACGCAACAUAAUGUGUAGUUACGUGUGGAAAAACUUACACAUUGGAUACAUGCAAGGAAUGUGUGAUCUUGCUGCACCAUUAUUAGUUGUAAUGGAUGACGAAAGCCAGGUGUAUAGCUGUUUUACUCAACUCAUGAAACAUAUGGGGAGUAAUUUUCCAAAUGGAGGUGCAAUGGAUUCACAUUUCGCCAAUAUGAGAUCUUUAAUUCAGGUUUUGGAUUCUGAAUUAUUUGAGCAUAUGCGACGUAAUGGGGAUUACACUCAUUUUUAUUUCUGCUAUCGUUGGUUUUUACUGGAUUUCAAGAGAGAGCUUUCGUAUGAAGAAGAUGUGUUUGCAGUUUGGGAGCGAAUUUGGGCUGCACGCCGUGUCUGCUCGGAGCAAUUUGUUCUCUUUUUUGCAUUGGCACUUCUUCAUAAUUAUCGGGAUAUCAUUUUAGACAAUGAAAUGGACUUUACAGAUAUAAUCAAAUUCUUCAAUGAAAUGGCUGAACGACACAACGCAACAAAAAUUUUGAAACUUGCUCAAAAUUUUGUAUAUAAAGUUCAAAGUAUGAUUUCAAAAUAGUAACUGUCAAGAGAGCUAAUUUGUAUGUAAAUAAGCCUAAUGAUAUUUGUACUGCCAGAGGAUUUCAUAGAUUAGAUUUCUCUAGUUUCAAUUUUGCAUUUCCAAUCAACUGGAUAUGAUCAGCCAUGCUAAACAUAGAUUCCAAAAUAAUUUUAAAAUUUUGAUCCAACACUUAGCUUGACUUUGCAGUUAAUGAGUGUGACCUCAUGAUUUAAAUAUUGGUAUUUGAAGUAUUGUUCUUUGUAAAUAUAAUCGAAUAUGAAAUAUGACGCCUCCACAACAAUAAUAUUGACAUAAUAUGAAGUGUAUUGAUUCAAAAAACAUCGCCAUCGAUCAAUAAUAUUGAAUAAUUUGUCUUCAGAAACAUUUUCUGGAAUAUUUUCCGGAUCAUGUAAUCUAAUUUCAGACCAAGUUCCAAGGUGAUUUUAACGCAAAUCAAUACAUUCAUGCCCAGACUAAAUUAUUGAAAAUAAUAAAAAAAUAGGGAAUGCUGUAAGUAGUAGGCUUAUUCUGAUUUUGUUGACUAUAAAUUAUAUAAUGUGUGUUAUGACAUUUUGUAUAUUUCAUUGUCAUUCCAAAUUUUAUAAUGAUAGUUCUAAAAUUACUGAUUUUUAUUAAUGAAAAACUUCUCAUAUAUUGGCAUUCCAGCAAGAAGCUACUCUUUUCCUUUAUUGACUGUAUAUACUUUAUACUCAUGUCCAAUUCAAAAAUAACUGUACAGUUAUGAAUGUGCAAGUUCCGUGUCUUCGUUCAUAGUAUGUGUAUAAAUAUAAUAUAUAUAUAAUGUAUCAGUCUAUCAUAACAUUUGUAAUGUGAACAUAUUAUUAUUAUAUCAUGCAGUUCCUUUAUUGUUUAUAUGAACCAAUGGAUUUUUAAGAAUCACACAAUAAUGACAAAGCAUAAAUUUUUUUUUCAAUAAGGUGUCUGAAUUUUUUUUAAUACCUUUACAAUAGCCAAAUGUUAUUUAAACUCAAAUCUAUAAUCUGAGUCAUAAUCAUAGUAAUAUGUUGUCAUAAAUCAUAAUUCUAUAUAUGUUGUAUAUUGUGAAGUAUCAUGUCAAUAUAGCUUGAUGAUUUAACAUUAUGAGUAAUAUAUUCAAAUGAUCAAUAUUUUAUAUAUUAUAAAGGUAGACUUGAUCAUAGGAGUGAGCACUAGUUAUCUAUGAUGAAAUUUAUUCAAAAAUGUUGUAUAUAUGCCAUGGACUUGUUUUGACCUUCUUGUUUUAUCAGAAAUAAAUAAAUUCCGCAUGUUUGAUUUCAAUCUCCAAAACUACAAAAUUAAAAGUACCGGUAUACAAAUUAUUUAUAAAACUAAAAGUCACUUCGGCGACAGUUAUAAAUUCAAAAUAGAUAUUAAAUUUUACAAUCAUUUGUGCGUUCGCUACCUGUGUGACAUAUGCAUUCCUGAGUGGUAUUGUCAUAAAAUCCAUCCAUUCCAAUUACAGUAAAAUGGUUUUGCAUAAAUUAUUUAUUUGUGAAUUAGAAGAAUAAUAAACAAGGCCAUGCCAUUAUUGAUUUGAAUGUAAUAAAAGCGACAUGAAAUUAUUUCAGCCAAUAUUUCCUGUUUCUCCUUGAUGUUUUAUAUAAUAUUUGUAUGUAGUUUAUUACUCAAAUGUUUUUCUUUUUUGAAAAUAAUCAAGGUACAUUGAAUUGAAAAAAUAAUUGAAUAAAAAAGAAACAGUCUCCUUUUUUAAGCUGUAUUUGAAUUAUACGCUUCCAACUAUAAUAGCCCAAUCCUGUUUCAAUAUUACAACUCAGGGUCUUGUUAUUAUUCAUUUGUGGGCAUAUGAGAAUUCUAACAUUUAUCUGCUUAAUAACUUCAACUAGGGUUAUUCAGAAUUCUCCAUCUUGAAUUUGUGCAUGUCACAAAUCAAAAUUUAUUUCAAUGAUAAUUUUACUGCAGUGGCAGCCAGCUCUUUGAACAUAGUUUUUCAUUUUUAAUUGAGUGCUCCUUGCUUUUUAAUAUAGCAGUCAAACUUUAAAGUUCUUUCUUGAAACAAUCUGAUAUUUGUACAGAGUAGGGUAUAGUUUUAACAUUUUCUUGUUUUGCAGUUUAUUUUGUAAUAGUUGAUAUAUUUUCUUUUUACGUUGGCACUUGUUUAUCUGCAAUAUUUUACUACAUGCUCUAUAUUUUUUUCUUGUAUACUGUUUAAUAAACAGGGUGAUUUUGAAAAAUGCAAUUUAGAAUUUGGCAUGAAAUAUUAAAAAAAAAUUAUCUGUUCAAUUACUAUUUAUCCAUUUUUGUUAAAAAGGAUGUUAAAAUUAAACAAAAAUGAUGAUUUGGAUGAAUAUUAUUAUCAAUUUCAGGAUUGUUAUACCGUUAGUUCAUGGUAUGUGGUCAUUCAUGGUCUGUCAUGCUAAUAUUAUUUAUUAACAAUCCUAGUUCGUCCCAUUAUCUAUUGUAAAAUCAAUAUAUUGUGCGAAUUGAUCUAAUGAAGAAGACUGGGUGCUUUCAUUCAGCAUAAUUAGGAAGGAUUAGGAAAUAUAAAUAAAUUUUAAAAAUGUCCAGAAAAUGUGCUUGAUUCCAAAUUACUGUUUUUUUGUCAUUUAGUGAGAUAGUCGUGCAAAAACCUGAUAAAUUCUUGUUUUUUAAAUUCAUUUUAAGAUUACUUAUUCGUUGAAUAUUGAACCGUUUCUGAAUUGGAUAUGUUUAAAACAUGAGAAAACCAGAAAUCGAUAUACCGGUAUCUUCGAAAACAAAAUUACAGUUAAAAGAAGAAAUGACUGGUUUUCCGAUAUCACUACCACAAAUUUCUUAGCAAAUCUUAUUCCAAAAGAUUUGUUUGUAGCAUGUUUUAGUCCUUCAUUCACCCUGUUUAUUAUUCUUUUCCAUUUUUCUACUACUUAUUAUUAGCAUACAUUUAUUCAUCAUCAUUAUACAUUUCUGACAAAUUUUUGUACUGUGCACAAUAUUGCAAUCUAGACAAAUAUUUUCAAUGCAUUACCAUUUUUGGAUUUUUGAACUAUCAACUAAAUGCAGAUUUGUUUUAUUCAUAAUCACUAUAUUUUUUGUUCCAUAUUUUCUACAUCGUAAUGUAUGUUUGUGAAUUGUGGAAUAAAUCAAUAGCAUGGGAUAAU